AUGCACUCUAAUACUGAGAGGCUCAGCGCUUGGCGCCACCUUUGGGCUAUCGCCGUUGUGGCCUUCCUUCUAGUUGUGGCUCCAGCGGCUCGUAAGCGUCCCCUCCGGCAAGAAAUAGUGGAUGGAGCUACCAUUGAGGCCCCUCAGGCGUCCCUGCACAGAUGGUGGACAACCCUUCAGGAGCAAGUCGUUGCUGCAGACUCCACGCGCGCAGUGAGCAGUGAGUAUGUUUCACGGCUUCCGGCGGAUCAGCAGGAUCUGUGCGAACGUUUUUCCCAAGUUUGUCUCGACAGUGUAAAUGGCGACGAUGAUCAUAGCAGCAGCGAAAUCAGCAGCAGCCGCAGAGAUAGCAGUUUGAGGGAGAGGGUCUUCGGAAUCGGGCUCGCUGAGAUGACGGAUUUCGCUCUGGCAGCUCCCUUUUUAUUGGCGUCUAAAUGGACUGCCUUUACGGAGAUGGUGCUGAGUCUUGGGAUUCUCAAGGAUAAAUACCUCAGCAGGUUUGCUGCUCUGCAGGAGAAGCUCGCUCCCUUUCUCCUUAUAACGCAGGAAGAACGAGCAGAAACAGCAGCAGCAGCAUCCCGGCCUCCGAGCAGGCCUCGCACUCACCGGAGACAAUCAAGCAAGCGUGGUAAAAAACAUGCUGUUCACGAGACAUCGGAACAUGCAGCUCUGGCCGCACAGGGGAGGUAUUCAGCAGCUGGAGCAGCAGUAGCCGACGCAGCAGCGGCGACAGCGGCUGCAGCUGCUGCUGAGGGGACAGAUUUGGGCAUUGAUAUGGAGUAUGUGAGAAUUAGCUGGACGGAGUUGCAGCAGCUUGCUGAGGAAGAACGCCAGGUAGCCUCCACCUAUCUCGCACUAGCUGCGGAGGGAAAUUUAUUUCAUUCAGCGCCGGAUGAUUGCCUGUGGGAAGCUUUGCUACAGCAGGUAGUCAUUAAGGCAACAGCAGCAGCUUCCGCAGCAAAAAGUGGCUUGACCGCGACCUUUCCAGACCUGUACCGCGAAGGUACGGAAGGGUACAAUACUGCAUUCGCUGCACUUGCUGCUGCUGAUGACCACAUCCGACUGCUGCUUUCGCAGCAACAGGACACAUACGCAGGUAGCCAGCCUGUUCUGUUCUUCUUAAGAGGAAUCUUGCUGUCUAUAUGCGAAGGAGGGGAAUGCACUGGAGUUUUUUAA